AUGUCCGCCCUACAACGCUUCUCUACACCUGAUGCCGCUGCCCGUAAUCGACUCAUAUACCCCACGAAAACGCUGCAUUGGUACAAUGCUCCCGUUAAUAUGGAUGAGGAGAAAAUUAGGCAGGCGAGUGUGUUUGCCGAGAAAGAAGCUCCUGAGAUAAAAGCGGUAACAGUUUUUGCUGGGCGAAGUGAACGAUCGUCAUCAGGGACUGUCGAAAUGGAAUCUAUCGAGAAGGCGAAUGAGGCUCUCGCACUUGUUAACCAUACUCCUGUUGUGAGCCCACUUGGAAAGAGUAUCAGUUUGUUGUGA